GGACCUUCAGAUUUUGAAAGUCCAUGCCCAAAAAAAAAUAGAAUUGCCCUAUUUUCAAUCUGACCCCCAAAAUCUUAUCCCCUCCUAACAAGUCCCAGUCCCAAAGUCCCAACCACUUCUUUUGUUUUAGGUCCAAUUAGCUUCUCGGGUUUAUUCCAAACCAAAGCCCAAUCUCGCUUUCCUCCUCCCCUCUCUUUCUCUCUCUCUCUCUCUCUGCAAAACCCUAGAUCUCGCCACCGCCGGAGACUCGAAGCUCGGCCUUCGAGCUUCACGCCCGCCUCACCGAUCUCGUUCUUUCCGGGUCUCCCUCGAAACCCCCUCUGGAUUUUACUCCUCAAGACAGCAUGGCUACCCCUGUUGAAGAGACAAUGGCCACACCUAUUGAAGACAAAAUGGCAACCCCUGUUGAAGAGGAAAUGGCCACUCCUAUUCAAGACAAGAUGGCUACCCCUGAUGAAGACAAGAUGGAAACACCUGAUGAAGAAAAGACGCUAGCCCUAACCCAAUAUGAAGACAAAACAGCAACUCCCUAUGAAAACAAUGAGGUGGCAAUUCCAGAAGCACAGCCUAACAAGCGAAGGAAAAAGAAGUCCAUAGUCUGGGAGCAUUUCACCAUAGAAACUGUGAGUGCUGGAUGUAGGAGGGCAUGCUGCAACCAAUGCAAGCAAAGUUUUGCGUAUAGUACGGGUGCAAAAGUAGCAGGUACCAGCCACCUCAAACGCCACAUCGCCAAGGGGACUUGCCCAGCACUUCUCCGUAACCAGAACAAUAGUCAAUCAUCCCCAUAUACCCCAUCUCCAAGGGGUGGUAGCUCUUCCAAUCCACCUAAAAGGCGUUACCGAACUCCUAGCACACCCCAAAUUAUGUUUGAUCCAGACCGUUGCCGCCAUGAGAUUGCAAGGAUGAUCAUCAUGCAUGACUACCCACUGCAUAUGGUUGAACAUCCUGGUUUUGUAGCUUUUGUCCAGAAUCUUCAGCCACGGUUCAACAUGGUGAGCUUCAAUACCGUUCAAGGAGAUUGCGUUGCAACAUACCUAAUGGAAAAGCAAAGUCUUACCAAGUUUAUUGAGGGCAUACCUGGACGUGUUUGCCUUACAUUGGAUGUGUGGACUUCCUCUCAAAGUGUGGGUUAUGUGUUUAUUACUGGGCACUUCAUUGAUGCUGACUGGAAGUUGCACAGGCGGCUGCUCAAUGUUGUGAUGGAACCAUAUCCUGACUCAGAUACUGUGCUUAGUCACGCUGUUGCUGUUUGCCUUCAUGAUUGGAGUUUGGAAAGCAAGUUAUUUUCAAUUACUUAUGAUCGGCCAUUGAGUGAGGCUGCUCUUGCAAAUUUAAGGCCUCUUAUCCCUAUCAAGAACCCACAUAUCCUCAAUGGUCAGUUAUUGGUGGGAAAUUGCAUUGCCCGCACUUUAAGUAGCAUUGCAACAGAAGUGUUAGCGGCAGGGGAAGAUACAGUGAAAAAAAUCCGGGACAGUGUUAAGUAUGUGAAGACAUCAGAGUCCCAUGAGGAGAAAUUUCUCGAGCUUAAGAAUCAGCUUCAAGUCCCAAGUGAAAGGACCCUAUCUCUUGACGACCAAACUCAAUGGAAUACAACGUAUGAGAUGCUGGUGGCCGCUUCUGAAUUAAAGGAAGUGUUUUCUUGCUUGGAUACAUCUGAUUCUGAUUACAAACAUGCCCCGUCAAUGGAAGAUUGGAAGCAAGUUGAUACUCUCUGCACAUACUUGAAACUUAUCUUUGAUGCAGCCAACAUCCUUACCACUACAUCAAACCCAACUGCAGUUACCUUCUUCCAUGAAGUGUGGAGGAUUCAGACGGAGCUGGUUCGUACGAUUACAAGUGAGGAUCCCUUCAUUAGCUGCCUAACUAAGGUAAUGCAAGACAGGAUUGAAAAAUACUGGAAGAACUGUAGCCUGGCUUUGGCAACAGCGGUAGUUAUGGAUCCCAGGUUCAAGAUGAAGCUUGUCGAGUUCAGUUUCAACAAAAUUUACGGCGAAGAAGCUCCAACAUAUAUCAAGAUUGUUGAUGAUGGAAUUCAUGAGCUCUUUCAUGAAUACUUGACACUGCCUUUGCCUCUCACACCAACUUAUGCUGAUGAUGGAACUGGGGGAGCCAAUGUCAAGACGGAGGAUUCCCAAGGAGGAACUCUUCUUACGGACAAUGGACUCACUGAUUUUGAUAUGUACAUCAUGGAGACUACUAGCCAACAGAUGAAGUCAGAGCUGGAUCAGUAUUUGGAUGAGUCUCUGUUGCCUCGAGUCCAUGAAUUUGAUGUGUUGGGCUGGUGGAAACUAAACAAGAUGAAGUACCCGACACUUUCAAAGAUGGCUCGUGAUAUUUUGUCAAUUCCGGUAUCCACAGUUCCUUCUGAGUCUGUUUUUGAUACCAUUGCCAAAGAGAUGGAUCAGUACAGGAGUUCUUUACGACCAGAGACAGUGGAAGCCCUUAUAUGCGCCAAGGAUUGGAUGCAGCAUGGAUCAGCAGAAGCUCCAAAUAAUGCACUAGUGAGAAUGGAAUAUUAGAUUGUAGGUUUGUUCCGCUGUCACGAUGCGUUUGUGAUAUGUGAUGUUAAGUUGCCCAGCCAGGAAGAUGUAUGAUGUUAGGUUCUGUAUCAUUUAACGUAGUUUAUUUCACCAUUAGAAGUAUUUAUCUUUUGUACCAUUUUAAGAGAUUGAAUGCUUGGACCUGAACAUUGUAGUCUUAAAUUUUCUGAUGGUUAUGAUUACAUGAAGUUUGGUGCUGGGAAAGCAA